CUGCAGGCGCUUGUGUGGGAAGGCGUCUUCUGUACAGAUGUAGAUGGCUCCUGGGAAGCCAGAGUGCCUGAUGUGCCUAGGGGCUCCAGAUGGCCUGUGGCCACCACAUACAUCAAGUGCAGAUGUCUCCCACCAUUUCUAACUCUCUGCCCCUCACAGGUUCUUCCCCCCUGGCCCGGGGAGGGAGGAGGCUGGCGCUGGUUCUCUCUCCCACUGGCAGCCACCUUGGAGCCAGGCGACUCCCCAGGAGGAACACGGGCUGGGCCUCCACUUCUGACACCCAGGCAAGGUCUUCCCCUGUCCUGGGCCCUAGGCUGGAAUGGCCACAGACAGGAGGCCUCUCCUGCUCCACGCCCCCUCCCUCCCCCAUGCCCCCCGUGCCCAUCUGUCCCCCCACCGCAGGGCAGGGAGCAAGUGGAAGGAUCAGGGCAACACCUUCUGGAAAUGGCCCCUGAGCACCACAUACAGCCACCCUCUAGGGCCCCAUUGAGCAAAUAUUUCUUCCACUUUCAAAGCUCCUGCAGUCUGGGCUCCACGUGAACCUGUGCCAUUGCUCAGUUCAAAAAACUGGCUUAAAAAGACACAUGUUGGUGAGGAUGUGGAGAGGACCCCUGUACGCUGCUGCUAGGAAUGUAAAAUGGUGUAGCUCGGAAAACAACUGGCACUUCCUUAAAAACCUAAACACCAAUCACAUGACCCAGCAGUCCCACAAGCAGAGACACCCGCCUGAAGACACACAUCGGUGUCCACAGCAGUGCGUUUCAUGACAGCCCGAGGGGAAACGGCCCAGAUGCCAUCAACUGAGGAGUGGACCAACAGAAUUCGGCCCGUCCUUACGGUGGAGUAUGAUUCAGUCCCAAAGGGGAAGGCAGUUCUGACGCCUGCUCCAGCACAGGCGAACCUCCAGAGCACAAUGCCAGUGAAGGAAGCCCGUCACGAGGCCACGUGCUGUUGGAUUCGCUCGCAUGGCACACCCAGGAUGGGACGAACCACAGAAAGAAGGCAAAUGCUGCAGACCUAUCAGACGACCAGGGAAGUGCAAAAGAGGAAGCGCACUGGAGAGGAAGCAGUGGCCAAUCAGGAAGUGCAAGAGAGGAAGCGCACAGGAGAGGAAGCAGCAGUGGUGAGAUCAAGGGAGUGAGAGGAAGCGCACAGGAGAGG